CCAAUGUUCAAUCUCGAAACGGAGCGUAUGGCAGAGCGCUUCCGCGCGAAGCGACGCAAAGCAAUCGAAGAACGAGAAAAGGCGGAAAAGGAAAAGCAAGAAAUAGAAAAGGCUAAUGGGAACCCCGUCAAUGGGGAUUCGGCAAUGGUAAUUUCAUCUCCAAAGGAAGGCGCCAGCCAUGAAGAUCGGUCCACCCUCAAAAGGGCCAGAGAUGAUGAAAUGCAGGAUUCUGAUGGACCGCAUCCGCCAAAGCGAAUCAAAAUGUCACCGUUCGGCACUGAUGAAGGUGGGAAUGCAAAAAAUGUACGGUUCACGGAGCAAGAUGAUACCCUCGAACUACCCGCCAUUGCCCUUAAUGGCGAUACGAUUAAUGAUACAAUCAUGAGUGAUCAUCUAGAUCCACCGUCCCCUUCACCAAUUGCAAAGCCCCUAACAGACGAUGCCCCGUCCUCCACCAAAGUAGCUGAUACCGCUCCUAUUGGGCUAACACAGCAGGUGAUUCAUGCACCAUCCCGUACGCCGAGUCCCGGGGUUUCGACACCUCCUACUUUCAAUGUAACAUCCUCACUGUUUUCGGCGCUCGAAGAAACCCUUGCCACAAAGACCGCCAAUCUCAACGUCGAACAGCUGGAAGCUUUGAGAGCAUCAUGCUUGAACGUUGUUUGGGCUCACCGUGGAGAUUGGGAUAGAGAUAACCUCAUGAUGAGGAUAAAUGACGCUAUCACAAAGUAUCUCGUCGAUAUGGGAGAAAUUAGCGAAGACGAGGACUAA